GCACAUCCAAUGUAGAGUUACAAAACCAUGCGUAUGAAUUAGAAAGGACUUCCUUCUUUGGACUUGUCUCUAGCGUUUACUGUUCCCCUUGUUUUUGGCGCACCUUUUUACCAAGACCUGCAGGGCACACAUUUCCAAGAGUCCCGUAAAAUAGAGGGGAAAUAUAUAUAUAUAUAUAUAUAUAUAUACAUACAACAAAUCAAACGACUCGCAAGUUUUGCUGAUUCUGCAGUUGACAACUGGAAAAGGCUAAAUCGUAAAAGAGAAUUCAACAUAAGUGGAACCUUCUUCAGUGAAUCGCCGUCACCGCGAAGUGAACAGUGAGGAGAUCUUAGAAACAAACUGACUGCACACGCUGUGGGAACCAUCGACGCCCAGAACUAGCAUUCUUUGGGCUGAAUCGGAAACGAGCUUCGAUUUUGCUACCUUGAACGGAACUGGAUUCGUCUCUUGUGCUCAUCCCAUGAGCAAUAGUCGUUAGAUCUUGCCACUACGAAACCAGUGACAUAGUCUGAAACAAAGUAACCACCGAGAGGUUACCCAGUCGCACAAUCUGGCUGCUCCACGAUGAGCCUAUUCUCUUUCGUGUGGACGGAAAAGGCAGAAAGGGGUGUAAUGAACGGAUCCUCAGGUCAUGAAUGAGUAGCCGGUUGCGACAAGAGUGGUGCUGCGUUACGUCUCGCUCGCCGAGCUUCUUGCAGCGCCGCUAGUAACUCCACCCUCUUCCAUCACCAUGCACCUUACGUGUUCGGCUUCCUCCUUUGCUUGUAUAUGUGCGGUCCAGCCACACUUUGCUGGCGGGAUCGGGCUCCCAAUAUUCUUGGUUUAACCGAUGUGUGUGCCCUUUUUCCUCCGCCCCAACAAAUGUGAGGAUGGAGAUGUAGGGAUGUUGCUGCUUGAAGUCAAUGAAAUCAUGACAGCUUGGUUGUGGCGCAGAGUCCAAGAGCUGGAAUGGUUGUUUCUAGUGUUGUGAACUGCGAUCCUUUUGCGGUUGAUUGAUCUGAGACUCGUUUUCGCGAAGGGAAAAGCGAUUGAAUCUGCUUGCUAUAGAGUUCGGGUAGAGGAUUUGGAGGGGAAGAAAAGUGAGAGGCGGUCGAUUAGUUUUCUGGGGCUUGGGAUGGUGACUUUGAAUGCAGAAUUGGUAAUGGCAGUCAUGGAUGCAUGCAGAUGCGCACGUAGUUUCCGUGUUGUGGUGUUAGUGUUGAUUGGAAGCACCCUGGUGGGUUUAUGUCUACCCACUCCUGUGUCGGGGCGGGUUCCUGAGGGGUACACCCUGAUCAGGUCCCAGGCUCCGAUCCCUCGUAGUAAUUCACAAAUUAGGGGAGUUUUGGCCGAAGACAGCGAAACGUACAGUACUGACGCGGCGCCGAAUACUUUUAGACCCAGAGACUCAAUUUCACAGUCAAACGUGACGGUUCGGAUGGUGGCGCUGAAGCACGUUGUCGGAGAGCGAGGGGAGUUGCGAGGCGAGGAGCUAGAUUCCAACGACGGUGCUGCAACAUUGAGGGGGAUGGAUCCCACCACUGAUUCAAACGGGAUCAGGAUCGGCAAACUCGAGAUGGUCACAAAGGUGCGUGGUCGUGCCCUGCGCACCUCGAAACCAUACCCGUGCAGCUUGCCAUCAGGGUCAUGCAAGCCGUCGGACAGUUGCUGUGGGCGUUCCUGCGCCAACUUCGCUGUGAAUCCCAACCACUGUGGUCGUUGCGGACGCAUAUGCAAACCAGACAGGGCCUGCUGCGGCGGGAAGUGCAGACGCCUCGCGACUGAUGAGAAAAGCUGCGGGAGCUGUGGCACGAGGUGCGCUCCAGGGACGAGGUGUGUUUAUGGUCUUUGCGGGUACUGACGACCUGUGCAGCGACAAUCCACGGCGCUGCAAAAAAGCAACAAAUGAAUCAGACGAUCAUCACAGAUUGCAUUGUCGUCUAAUUGACUGCUUCUGACAGCGAAUAAGCCCCUUUUUGCAUGGGGAUACGCAUCUAAGUGGUGAAGGGGAUUAUUCCAGAUGACUGUUCUGAAAAAUCCUGCUCAAAUUAGAUUUGGGUUACUCGUAGUCCGGAUGUGAUACCCUCCCUGCUGUACUUGACCACGCCAAUUAAUCCUGUCAAUCGAUUAAGAUUGUGUUCA